CUGACGCCGAUUGCAGAUUUUGAAUUAGCCCUAAUUAGAUUUCAGGCAAUUCUCUCGUUUUAGCUCGCGGGGAGACAUGUCGUACUUGCUGCCUCACCUUCAUUCAGGAUGGGCUGUAGAUCAGGCCAUCCUUGCUGAGGAGGAGCGUCUUGUCGUCAUCCGAUUUGGCCAUGAUUGGGAUGAGACCUGCAUGCAGAUGGAUGAAGUGCUGGCAUCAGUUGCUGAGACCAUAAAGAAUUUUGCUGUAAUUUACCUCGUGGACAUAACUGAGGUUCCUGAUUUUAACACCAUGUAUGAGCUGUAUGAUCCCUCCACGGUUAUGUUUUUCUUUAGGAACAAACACAUUAUGAUAGAUCUUGGCACUGGAAACAACAACAAGAUUAACUGGGCUCUUAAGGACAAGCAGGAGUUCAUUGACAUUAUUGAGACAGUGUACCGAGGUGCAAGAAAGGGACGUGGUUUGGUGAUUGCUCCCAAAGAUUACUCAACCAAAUACCGUUACUAAACCUAUUGUGGAAAGUGCUCUUUUCGUAUUUGUAUGACUAUCUUUCUCUUCCAAAUGUUAAUGCCAGAAGAACAAUUCGUAAUGGGUUGUCUUCCACCGACUUUGUAUGGGCAACAAUAUUGUAUUAUAUUGAAGAUGAAACUUCUAGACUAGAUUGUGCCCGAUCCGAUUAUUUGUUUUCCACAGAACCAUACAGUGUUUUGGGUAUUUUAUGAAAGGAGAGAAAACUCUGGAAUAAACUUUAAAUUUUUGCUUU